AUGAAGUAUCCAACUGUUGCUCAGAGUAAAUCUUUAUUAGAUAUGGAAAUUGCCAACUAUUCCGACUGUCUGGAUCCUUCAUACAGCACACUGGGCUUUGACAAUGCUGAUGUACUCUAUGGAGGGGGAGAGAGCAUGCCGACAGAAUCCAGCCUAGCUUGUUCAAAUGGGCUCAACAGUAACUGUGCCAUCUGUGGGGACAAAGCCACGGGGAAACACUACGGUGCCUCAAGCUGUGACGGUUGCAAAGGUUUCUUCAGGCGCUCCAUACGCAAGAGCCAUGUCUACACCUGCAGGUUCAGCAGACAGUGCGUGGUUGACAAAGAUAAAAGAAACCAGUGUCGUUUCUGCAGACUCAACAAAUGCUUCCGAGCUGGCAUGAAAAAGGAAGCUGUGCAGAAUGAGAGGGAUCGGAUCAGCUCUAGAAGAAGUAUUCCAGACCCUCAAGAGCUUCCACCCAUCACAGUUCUGGCUCAAGCUGAAUCGUUAUCCCGACAGGUGAUCAGCACUCCAGUUGGAAUAGAAGACAUACGAGACCAGAAAUCUGCCACUAUCGGGGAUGUGUGCGAUUCUAUGAGACAACAGCUACUGGUUUUGGUAGAAUGGGCCAAAUACAUUCCUUCAUUUGGAGAACUACCACUGGAUGACCAGGUUAGCUUGCUCAGGGCUCAUGCAGGUGAGCACCUCUUGCUGGGAGUGGCCAAAAGGUCAAUACCAUUCAAGGACGUCCUGCUUUUGGGAAAUGGCUGUGUGAUACACAGAAACACUCCAGAAUCUGAGAUCUGCCGGGUUGCAAACAGAGUUCUGGAUGAACUGGUCAGACCUUUUCAAGAUAUUCAAAUCGAUGACAAUGAGUACGCGGCACUCAAGGCCAUUGUCUUCUUUGAUCCUGAUGCAAAGUCAUUGCGGGACCCUUCUAAGAUCAAAGCUACACGUCUGCAAGUCCAGAUGAGUUUAGAAGACUACAUCAAUGACCGCCAGUAUGACUCGCGGGGUCGUUUUGGAGAGCUGUUACUCCUUCUUCCCACCCUGCAGAGCAUCACUUGGCAAAUGAUUGAACAGCUUCAGUUCAUCAAGCUCUGUGGUCUCGCCAAAAUAGACAACUUACUGCAUGAGAUGUUGCUGGGAGGAUUGACGUCUGAGAACACACACCUGCACCAUCCAGUGCACACACAGAUGACCCAGGACCCUUUGACUGGACAGACUCUCCUCAUCAGUACCAUGCCUUUUACACACACUCAGCAGAUAGCAGCCUCACCAGACACCCCCAUCCCAUCACCUCCACAAGGUCAAGCCCCUGAGAUGUACAAAAAUUUUCCCCAGCCCAUUUGUCCUCCAGCCAGUCCUUCACCUUCUACGCAGACAGACUCCUGA